AAAGGAAAAUUGCUCGCGCCCGUUUGGCCAAACGCCGUUCGUGGGAGAGAGGGGGAAAGUAGUGUGCGACGGGCGGAAGCGGGAAGGAGGGAGCAAGUGUCUGCCUUGAUUUGGGAAACGAGUAUACUCUCGAGAGAGGAUUACUCCUGGAGCAGAGUGGUCGGCGGAGAUGGCCCAGCUAGUAGGAGUGGUGCUCUCUCUCCCGGGAUGGACUGGCUCUCCGCCGAGCAGAGGGAUAUCGUGUCCGCCGUUGUAUUGGCCAUUCAAAGCGAUAAGUAG